CGACAAGCAAUUGUACGGCUUCGCAACGUACAUCAUGGCGGGACCAGUGGAACAGCAGAUCCACCGAGAUCCUGCCCUCUUCUAUUGGAUCCUCCUCCCCAUCACCGUAGUCAUGAUCCUAACCGGCGUCCUGCGCCACUAUCUCACCGUCCUGCUCACCUCAACCCCCAAACGGCAACCGCUUGAGAAACUCCGCGAACAGCGCCACCUCGCCCACAUCCGCCUCCUCAUCGCCAACUCCCCGCAAAUUCCCCGCGCGUCCUUCGAAAAGCGACGGGAAUGGAUCGCGGAGCAGGUGAAGGAUGGAGGCUUUUUGGCUGGGGGCCCGGAGAGCAGGGGUAGUGCGAAGCCGAAUCCGCUCAGUGAUCCGGCGAUGAUGGAAGGGAUGAUGGGGAUGAUGAAGGGGCAGGUUGCUAUGAUGGUGCCGCAGAGUUUGAUCAUGGGGUGGAUCAAUGCGUUCUUUUCGGGUUAUGUGAUAAUGAAAUUACCCUUCCCUCUAACCCCCCAAUUCAAGCAAAUGCUCCAAGCAGGCGUCGGCACACGCGAUCUGGACGUGCGAUGGGUGUCUUCGCUGUCAUGGUAUUUCCUCACGCUUUUCGGACUACAACCCGUGUACAAUUUCAUUCUGGGAAGCAACAACGGGGCGAAUCAGAUGGCGCAGCAGAUGCAGAUGCAGCAGGCAGGCCAGCAGAUGCCGGGUGUCGAUGACAUGGAUAAGAUUUUCCAGGCGGAGUUGGAGAAUGUGGAGGUGGUGGAGCAUUGGUAUGUGUUGGAUGGGGUGGAGGAGCGGUUGUUGAAGAGGUUGGGUGGGUAGUCUUAUAUCGCACUGCGCCCUUUUGGAAUGAGAGUCAUUGCGCUUCAGGUUUCUCUCUCGCACAUGCUGAGUUAUGAUAUGACUG